AUUUUAUAAAUAGCAUCAAAAAGCAAUAAAUAAGAAUUAAUUUAGAUUAAAAGCAUUGUUUAAAUGAAGAAAAAUAUUUAUUUUGAUAAAAUUAAAAUUGAGUGUAAGCUUCAUCCAAAGGAAAAUGUGAUUUCACUUUGCAUGAAUCCAUACUGUAAGUUAAAUAAGCUCAUUUGUGGUGUUUGUUUAAGCGAAUAAAAUCACGAAUGCCGCAAUAAGAUCCCUAUUCACAAAUUGUACGAUUUCUCAGAUGAAAAAACCUAUACUUAGAUAUAAGUUGAAAAAAGUGACAGUGAAAGGAUCGAUUACCAUAAAAAUUAAGAGAAAGAGCUUUAAGAAGCUUUGGAAAGAAUGAAAUAACUUUAAAAACUCAAGGAUAUGAUUGUUGCUAAACUUGAUUAAGUGAUUGAAGGAUAGUAGAAGAUAAUUGAUGGGUUUGUAAACUCUUAAUAAAAUGAUAGAAAGGAGCCUGAAAAAAGUCAGGAAGAAGAAACUUAGGAAGAUUAAAAAGAUUAAAAAUAAGAAGAAGCAGACGAACCUAAAUAAGAAUAGCCCUCAAAUAUUGAAGAUAAUGAAGAAGAAAAUAUAAAAGGAAGAACAUUAUCUUAAAUUUCCUAGCCUAGCUCCUAUAAAGAAGCUUAAAAAGCUCUAUAGCAUAGCUUGAUAAAAUAUCUUGAAGAAUUAUAAAAUGACUAAAGCAGAGAUAUCAAUAGAGUCAUUAUAGAUUUAAGCACUCUAUAGCUCUAACAUAAUAGCUUUUUAAAAUAAUUAAAAUAAUAAUAGGCAAAGCACUUAGUUGCUAAAUCUCAAUAAGAUUUAUUUUAAAUGGAAGUUAAUGCAAUAAAAUCUAUCGAUUGUUUCAAUGAUGUGGUUAAGAUUGUGCAUAAAUACGAUUAAAUACAGCUGGAAGGAUAUGAUUCUUAUUCUUAAACUAGCAUUGAAAAUAUGAUGAAUCUUUAUAGAAAUUCAAAUCCUACAGUUCGCUCUUAAAUACUUUGUGAGUGUGAUAUUCUCUCAGUAGAUAUCAGCUAAGAUCGUCGAUUCUUACUAAUUGGUUGUGGCAAACCAAAAUUUGUAGUUUUGGUAUUUGAUAUCUAAGACAAAAAUCUUUAAAAACCAAAACUACUUGCUUCUCUCCCUCAUUCAUCAGCUGUACAGAUUGUUCGUAUUUCUCCAAACGGACUCUUCUUUUGUUCAGGUUGUGAAUCCUCUGCUGUAAGAAUGUAUUGCACACAGUCUAUAAUAUAUAAAAACAAGAACAAUUUACUAAAAACAUUUAUGGAUCAUUAGCAAGCAAUUACGGGUAUAUAGUAUUCAAGAGAUAACAAAAUACUAGUGACUUCAAGCUUAGAUAAAAGCUUGAUCAUAUAUGAUGUAUCUGCUCCUGCAAAUAGCAGUAUUCUUCAUAAAAUAAAGUUAGAACAUCCCAUUGUUUCUUUUGAUCUAACGGUGAGGUAUGUAUUAGCUGUAAACACAGCAAAUAAUAUGUGCAACAUUUACUAAAAUGCUAGAACAAAUCCAAAUAUAAUUUAUCAAAUUCCUUUUACUGGUUGUAUCAGAGAUGUCAAAAUAUCUUUAAACGAAAGAUUUUUAUGUGUAAAUGAUUACUACUCUAAUUGCUACAUAUAUGAUUUAACAUUUUGGCCUCCAAUAAUCUAUGAUACAAUCCCUUUGAUACACACUAAUUCUAUAGCUUUCCAUUAAGAUAGUAGCAACAUUUUAGCAAUUUCAAAAGGAGGUACUAAUUUUGAUAUUUACUAAUUAAGUACAAAUGAUCAUCCAACUCCUUCAUAACUGAUUUACUCUUCAACAGAUCAUACAGAUACUGUUUUGGCUUUGAAAUUUUACAGUAACUAUAUUAUUUCAGGAGGAAAAGAUAAAAAGUUAUUAAUAACAGAAGUUUUCUGAGAACUAAUUUUCUGAUUUUGUAUAUUUAUUUUAUGUUUAAUAAUUUAUUGAUAAAAUAAUUAAAUAUUAAAAUAUAAGCUUC